AUGGCGUUUGCCGGUGGUGGUAGCGGUGGUGAUUGGCCAAACACGAGGAGCUUCGCAGUGCAGGUCCUUGUCGGCCGGUGGUUCAUGGUAUUUGCCACCAUCCUCAUCAUGUCCGCGGCCGGUGCCACCUACAUGUUUGCCCUCUACUCCGACGAGAUAAAAUCCUCCCUUGGCUAUGACCAAACAACCCUCAACUUGCUCAGCUUCUUCAAGGACUUAGGCUCCAAUGUCGGCAUCAUCUCCGGCCUAAUUAACGAGGUAACACCGCCGUGGGUGGUGCUUUCCAUCGGAGCAGUCCUCAACUUCUUUGGCUACUUCAUGAUAUGGCUUGCAGUAUCCAAAAAAAUUGCAACGCCCCAAGUUUGGCACAUGUGUUUAUACAUAUGUAUCGGUGCAAAUUCUCAGUCUUUUGCCAACACCGGAGCCCUUGUCACCGCCGUGAAGAACUUCCCCGAGAGCCGAGGAGCAGUUUUAGGCCUUCUCAAGGGUUUUGUUGGCCUAAGUGGUGCAAUCAUCACUCAAAUCUACCAUGCAAUUUAUGGAGAUGACAAAAAAUCACUUAUUUUGCUCAUAGGUUGGCUACCGGCUGCUAUUUCGUUCGCUUUUCUUCGAACAAUCAGGAUAUUGAAGGUUGUUCGCAUUCCACACGAACUCAAAGUUUUCUAUAGAUUUCUGUAUUUAUCUUUGGGUUUAGCUGGAUUUCUCAUGGUAAUUAUCAUACUCCAGAAAAGGCUUGAUUUUACAAGGAUUGAGUAUGGAAUAUGUGCAACAAUUGUUCUUAUUUUGCUGUUUCUCCCAGUUGCUGUUGUUAUAAAAGAGGAAAUUUAUAUCUGGAAGAAGAAAAAACAAGAAUUGGAUAAUCUUUCAGUUUCACAGUUGAAGCUCGUGACAGAAAAACCACCAAAUUCCGACGUGGUGACUCCACUGCCAGUUUCGCAACCACCACCAACAUCCACCACUUCUGAAUCCCAACAAAACCCAGAAAUUUCUUGCUGGAAUGCUAACAGUAUAUUCCGGCCACCAGACCGAGGGGAGGACUAUACAAUCCUACAAGCACUCUUUAGCAUAGACAUGUUAAUCUUAUUUUUUGCAACUAUUUGUGGGGUUGGAGGAACCUUGACAGCAAUAGACAAUUUAGGACAGAUUGGAUCUUCACUUGGCUACCCAAAAAAAAGUAUUAGCACAUUUGUGUCCCUAGUAAGCAUUUGGAACUACCUAGGUCGAGUAGUUUCAGGUCACUUGUUGAUUGCAUUUAAUGUCCCAAAUGGUCUCUAUAUUGCAUCUGUGAUCAUAGGAUUUUGCUUUGGAGCCCAAUGGCCGUUGCUUUUCGCGAUAAUUUCUGAGCUUUUUGGGCUCAAAUACUAUUCGACACUGUACAACUUUGGGGCCGUGGCAAGCCCGAUUGGAUCAUAUUUGCUCAAUGUGAGGGUGGCUGGACAUUUGUAUGAUAAGGAAGCUGAGAAGCAAAUGCGGGCCAUGGGUCGGGUCAGGAGGCAUGGAGAGGACUUGGAUUGCAAUGGGGUGGAAUGUUUUAGAUUGGCUUUCAUUAUAAUCACUGCAGUUACUGUUUUUGGAGCAAUUGUCUCACUUCUUUUGGUGACAAGGACUAUAAAGUUUUAUAAAAGUGAUAUCUACAAGAAAUUCCGGGCCGAGGCGGAGGCAGCCGAGACAGAGAUGGGUCCAUUGCCUGCAAAUGGCAAUGGAAUUGCUCAAAGUAAUAACAAGGGAUAG